AUGUCGCCAGCGGCCACGCCGGGUGGGGUGCAGUACAGCGGGCGGCGGCAGGAGGCGAUGGAUGCGGGGGAACAGCGACGUAGAACGGAGCAGCGUGCCACCGAUGCUCAGCGACACGGUGAGGAGCCGCUGGAUGCCGUCCCCUCUUCUGAAAUGGGGCGCUGGUGGACCGAGGAAAACCAAAACUGGUCGGAGCGCAUGUUUGCCUCCCCGUUUGACAAAAACAAAAAGAAGCUUGAUGGGAUGUUUGUGCCGGAGCUUAAGGAGUUGCAGAGCCCCACACAGCCACUUGAGUUGAGCUACGCGGAGGACAACUUCUUUGUAAACCCCGACAUCCAUAUGGCCGAUGAGGUCUUCGACGAGGCCCGUUGCCGUGUCCUGCCCCCUAGCUUUGACCCCGCCAUCGACGAGAUUGACGACGACGACUUUGUGGACGGGCAGGUGAUGCUGGAUGUUCAGAAGGCGGUGGAGGAGGACAGGCGACGUCUGGAGGCCUUUGGAAAUCCGCUGCUUGUGGAGGACCAGGUGGAUUACCUUCUCGAGCCACAGCGGGAGGGCAUGGAAAACAUGCAGCAGCAGCAGCAGGAGUUUAACGGCUUUGUGCAUUAG